AUGUCCAGCGCCGCCGCCGCCGCCUUCCGCCUGGGCCAGCGCGUGCACACCGCCGGCGACCCCCGCCGCGUAGGCACGGUGCGCUACCUGGGCCCCGUAGAGGGCCACGCCGGAGACUGGGUCGGCGUCGACUGGGACGAUGGCGCCGGCGGCCGGCACGACGGCUCGCUCACCGGCCGCCGAUACUUUGUUGCCGCGGGAGAGUGCUCGGCCUCCUUCGCGCGCCCCACCGCGCUCAGCGGAGGGAUCUCGCUCCCGGACGCGCUCCGCCUACGCUACCGCGUUCAGGACUUCACCAAGGAGGAGCAGGAUGAGAUGUAUGUCUUCUCGACAAGCCAGAAGCGUGUCUCGGUUGAAUUUGUUGGCACAGACAAAGUUCAGGAGAAGCUCAACAACUUCAAUGAGUUGACCAGUGCAUCCGUUUCGUACAUGGGAGUGAGCUCAAUUGGAGCACCGGAUGAACUAAAGAGUUUGGUUCCAAAUCUCAGACUUCUUGACUUGACUGGAAAUCUAUUCUCACAGUGGCAAGAUAUAUCCUCUCUUUGUCAAGCACUGGCAUCCCUGGAAGUUCUUAAUUUGACAAACAAUACCAUGGAGAAUGACGUUGUAGAAACUCCAAUGCUCGAGAAUAUCAGAAUUCUUGUUCUCAACAACUGUGGUGUAACAUGGGAACUGGUUGAAAAGAUUAAAGUUUCCCUUUCAUGUAUCAGUGAACUCCACCUGAUGUCAAACAGGCUCAAUAUGAUCAUGAGCCCAGAUGGAAAGUUUGUACAAGGUUUCAAUACACUGCGGCUCCUAAAUCUAGAAGAUAAUCACAUUGAUUCAUGGGAUGAAAUUGUGAAAUUUUCUUACUUAAGAAGUUUGGAACAACUCCAUUUGAACAAAAACAGGCUAAAGCAUGUGAAGUAUCCAUCUAAUCUUUCAACAGAUGGACCUCUUGAUGAUGCAGCUGCUGUGCCAUUUGAAAAUUUGCAAGUUCUUUUGUUAGGAUCUAAUGACAUAGAUGACUUUUCUUCAGUGGAUUCACUUAACCUGUUCCCAAAUUUAAGGGAUGUCAGGCUUUCUGAUAAUCCUAUAGCUGAUCCUGCCAAGGGCGGUGCUCCUCGUUUUGUGCUUGUUGCUCGACUUAUGAAAGUUGGAAUACUAAAUGGCAGUGAGAUAAGCCCACGUGAACGGAGGGAAUCUGAAAUACGAUAUGUCCGCCUUGUUAUGGGAAAAAUAGAAUCAAAUGACCCAGAAGAGAUCAAACGACUGCAUCCUAGAUUUGCUGAACUGAAGUCCUUUCAUGGUAUUGAAGAUGAGAAGCCAACUUCAAGCACAUCGGGACCACAAAAGAUGGCUUCUGGCCUUAUAAGUGUUACAUUGAAAUGUGUGGGGCCAUCAAUGGGUGAAAAGCAACCACUGACAAAGAAACUGCCUCCUACAACAACUGUCGGGAAGUUAAAAUCUUUGUGUGAAAGCUUCUUUAAACUGAAGGACCUAAAAGUGAGACUGUUUGUCGAAGAAGAGUCGUGUAUGAUGACUACUGCAUUUACUGGAACAGUGAUGCCCUCUACCACAACUUCUGGAGGAGGACACGGCCUCUCUGAUGGAGCUUGGAAUUGGCUCGGGCGCAACCAUUGUUGUGGACGAAGAGAGCUAGCCAGUCGUCUUCAGAGAAGUCGGCAACUACGCAAACUACAGCAGUUAUUUGUCUUUGAAGACAAGGGAGCUGAUGAUGCUCCUCGUUUCCUGUAUAUUUCUUUCUGUGGAAAUGUGCACUUGUUGAAUAUUGUUGCGGGUUUGGGAUACAAAAUGGAUCAGCAAUUCAGCAUAGUAACAAUAUUGUGA